AGAGAAGCCAUUUCUAAUUUUUCAUUUUUAAUUUUUCAUUUUUCAGAGAGGAUAAUCGAAAAAGAGGAAAAAGGAAAAAAAGAAAAAAGAAAAAAAGAAGGAGAGAGAGAAGCUCGAGAAUGGUGGCUCGGGGGAGGAGACCAGGACAGAAGCCCUAAGACGCGCGGAGGACGGACGGACGGACUCGUGGAACCAAAUUUGACUCUGAAGCCCCCAACCUAAGCAGCAGCCCGCCAUUACAGCCAAGGUAUAUUGGAAGCUGUGGGAGUAGGAUGAGCAACGAGGAUUUUAACGCCGAGAUAUUAGCUGAGAAGCUGUCCAAGCUGAACAAUUCCCAACAGAGCAUUGAAUCCUUGUCCCAAUGGUGUGUUUCUCACCGUAAGAAAGCCAAGCUGAUUGUUGAAACAUGGGAUAGAUUUUUCAACUCUUCUCAGAAAGAAAAGUGUGUCUCCUUCCUCUAUUUGGCAAAUGACAUCUUGCAGAAUAGUAGGCGAAAGGGUAGUGAAUUUGUGAAUGAAUUCUGGAAAGUUCUCCCAGCAGCCCUCAAGCAUGUCUACAGAAAUGGUGACGAUCAUGGCAAAAAAGUAGUGACCAGAUUGGUUAAUAUAUGGGAAGAAAGGAAAGUGUUUGGUUCAAGGGGGCAUGGUCUUAAAGAUGACAUGCUGGGUGUCAUCGAAAAGAAAGAUGAGGCGCUGGGAAAAGAUCCUCCACCUCCAUCUGUAAGCAAUGGAAAAAGUUCGAAUCCUAUCAAAAUAGUGAAGAAGGAUUCUAGUUCUUUAAGAAUUAAACUGGCCGUGGGAGGCUUGCCUGAAAAGAUAUUAACUGCAUUUCAAUCUGUAUUUGAAGAGUCUUCUGCUGAAGAUGAUGCGUUAAACAAAUGCAGCAAUGCUGCACAAAACAUGGGUAAGAUUGGGGAAGAAGCUGAAAAUUCCUUGGUUCAAGGAAAUCAGCAAGGAUCUGCUUUGGUUGAUGAUCUGCAAGAUCAAGAAAAUGGUCUUCUCCAGUGUAUCCAUCUACUUGAAAGUGCUGAAGCAACAAGAGCUGCCUUGGUUUCCCAACUUAAAGAAGCACUUGAGGACCAAGAAUCAAAGUUGGAGCUUAUACGUGCUCAGUUACAAGUUGCUCAAGGUCUGGUCGAUCAGGCAAAUAAUCUGCGGAAGAGGCUCACUUCAUCAUCUUCUAUUCCUGGGGUCCCACAAAAUCCUGCACCUGCUAUUAUUCCUAUCUCAUUCUCAGAAACACCAAGGUUGGGAGAACAGAACUUGUCUGCAAUUCAACCAAACACAGCUCCUCCUGCUCCUCUGCCUCCUCUUCCCCAACCGACAAUGAUGUCCUUCCCGUCCCUAGCAAGCUCGGAUGAGGAGAGCAAGAAAGCCGCUGUGGCAGCUGUGGCCGCUAAGCUUGCCGCCUCGACUUCCUCUGCUCAGAUGUUCACUUCAGUCCUCUCUUCCCUCGUUGCAGAGGAAGUCGCUGCUUCCAUGAAUGGCGGGCUAAAGUCUGGUGGGUUUAGUGGAGGGCUGCCCAUCUUCCCUCCUGAGAAAAAGCCUAAACUAGAGAAGCCAAUAGCAGUUUCCGAAGUGAGUAGCAACUCAGAUAUGAGCAGCCCGAUGUACUUCAACCCUCAAUCAAUGAACAAUCCACCGCUACCCCCUUCCAUGGCGGCCCAGCCCAAUCAGAUGCAGGCUCCUUUUGCUUCACCGCCCCCCCCUCCUCCACCAAUGCCAGCAGCUGGCCCGCCCCUAUCUUCUGCAAACCCUCCAAAUAAUCACUAUGUCCAGUCGUCUGGCCUGAUAACAAUGCCUUAUGCGUAUGGGUCGAGUCCUCUACCUCCGCCACCACCUUUGCCGCCACAAGUACCCUUGCCUUUGGCACGGCCGCUCCUUCAGCCACCACAGCAGACCCAGCCUGAGCAGACACAGCAGCCUGGCACUGGGGGAUACUACCGUCCGCCUGGUGUUGGAUUCUUUGGACAGGGCCAUCAAUCCACAACCUCAGCUCUACCAAGGCAGUAGGUUAGCAGCUUCAGAAGAAUUUUCAGGCAAAGCCGUCAAAUCUCAAUGGGAAGCUUCUGUCAGGUACUGCACAGUCUUUUAAGUUGUGGUAAGAGUCAACUGUAUGAGUUUGUAAAUUAGUAGAAAAGUAGGGCUCUUCAUGUACUGUGCAAUUAAUACUCUGUCCCUCCCUGACAAGGCAAACUGAUGAAAAGAUGAAAGGGUUUUUCUUUUGCCUAAUAGGGAGUUGCUGAUGCGGGAAAAUUGACCAGAAAUUUUCGGGUUGGCUGUAUUUUGAUUCUUAUUUCUCUCAGGGUACCUGUAAAUUCAGUGCCUGCUGCUCUUGUGCGGCAGGUGCCUGCUGAAAACAUAGGUAAUAAUCUUGAGUCCAACAAGCCCGGUCCAGAAGUUGAUUCUGAAAAGCCUGCUUUACCAAGGGUAGCCUCUUGCUUUGUUCGAUUCUCCUUUAUGGAGUAAUUAGGAUCAUGGGCUGAGUUGAUCGAUUUGUGGAAGAUUUUUAUUUAGAUUAGGCUGAGACAAUGCAUGACAUAGGACGUAUCAGAAAGAGAGGAAUCGGAAACAUUCUGCUAGCUGUACGUAAAUGAUGGUCUUCAGAUUUGUGUUUUUGAGCAGUAUGACUGAUGGAAUAUCAAUCUUUGGAAGAGUUUUAGCCUUCUGGUUUUCAGCUCUGAGAGGGAUGCAUAGAGGAAGCUAGUUUUUUCUUUUUCUUUUGGGAUGAUUCAAGCUUGAAAUGCAUGAUUGUUAGCUUCACUAUGCUGCAACCAAACAUGUUGUACUGAUCGGAAUGUUGUAUAUAUGCGGUGCAAAAUAGCAUGAUUAAUGAGUUC